GACUCCGGAUCUACUCUGAGGCGGGGCGGGGCGGUGGAGACCGUGGAAGGUUACAAAUAGGGCGGCGGUACUGAGCACUUCCUUUUCCUGUGCCUGCCGCCGGCCGGAGAGGAGCGUGGCCUUCUCUCUGCCGCCAUGGCGUGUGCUCGCCCGCUGAUCUCUGUAUACUCCGAAAAGGGGGAGUCCUCUGGCAAAAAUGUCACUUUGCCUGCAGUGUUCAAGGCUCCCAUUCGGCCAGAUAUCGUUAACUUUGUUCACACCAACCUGCGCAAGAAUAACAGGCAGCCCUAUGCCGUCAGUGAGCUCGCAGGUCACCAAACCAGUGCCGAGUCUUGGGGAACGGGCAGAGCUGUGGCUCGGAUCCCCAGAGUUCGAGGUGGUGGUACUCAUCGUUCUGGCCAGGGUGCUUUUGGAAACAUGUGUCGUGGGGGGCGCAUGUUUGCACCAACCAAAACUUGGCGCCGUUGGCAUCGCAGAGUGAACACGACUCAGAAACGAUAUGCCAUCUGCUCUGCCUUGGCUGCUUCUGCCUUACCAGCGCUGGUCAUGUCCAAAGGUCAUCGCAUUGAGGAAGUGCCUGAACUUCCUUUGGUGGUUGAAGAUAAGGUUGAAGGCUACAAAAAGACCAAGGAGGCAGUUCUGCUGCUCAAGAAACUUAAGGCCUGGAAUGAUAUCAAAAAGGUUUAUGCCUCUCAGCGGAUGAGAGCCGGCAAAGGCAAAAUGAGAAACCGUCGUCGUAUCCAGCGCAGGGGACCCUGUAUCAUCUAUAAUGAGGACAACGGUAUCAUUAAAGCUUUCAGAAACAUCCCUGGAAUUACUUUGCUUAAUGUAAGCAAGCUGAACAUACUGAAACUUGCCCCUGGUGGACACGUGGGUCGUUUCUGCAUCUGGACUGAAAGUGCUUUCCGCAAAUUAGAUGAACUGUAUGGCACUUGGCGGAAAGCUGCCUCCCUCAAGAGUAACUACAAUCUUCCCAUGCAUAAGAUGCUUAAUACCGACCUUAGCAGAAUCUUGAAAAGCCCAGAGAUCCAAAGAGCCCUGCGAGCACCACGCAAGAAGAUUCAUCGCAGAGUCCUGAAGAAGAAUCCUCUGAAAAACCUGAGGAUCAUGCUGAAGCUGAAUCCAUAUGCCAAGACAAUGCGCCGAAACACCAUUCUUCGCCAGGCCAGGAAUCACAAACUCCGGAUGGAUAAGGCAGCAGCAGCACUAGAAGCCAAAUCAGAUGGGAAGGAGGUUGGCAGCAAGAAGCCUGUGGCAGGGAAGAAAGAGAAGCCUGCUGGUGUGAAAAAACCAAAGAAGGCACCUGUGGGGAAAAAGGCUGCAGCUACCAAGAAACCAGCUGAAAAGAAGCCAGCAGAAAAGAAAGCUACAGAAGAAAAGAAGAAGCCUGCUGCGUAAACGCCCAUCUCCUAUAAAAGUCAUUUGGACAGCUAAAUUUUGAAUAAAGACCUGAUCAAAGAGGCAAUGAAAAAUAA